GUACUAACUUGGCAUUGUAUGAAAAGGUAAGGGCAAGGGCAAGUAACGUCCGUAUUCACUUUGCCCCCACACCCACACUGCUCUUUUCCUUAACUUCGACCACCCUUUUAAAGACCAGAAAAGCGGGAGAUGCGAUAGAGGCUGCUGUCUCAAACCCUCUCUCGCCUACGGACAAGGGGAGAAAGAAACAGGCAAUCAAUCAUGCUGAAAUAUUCGACGAUGGAAGUCUAAACAGAAGAUUAACUUGUAAGGAAGAAGAGGAUUAUCGAGUUAAAUACUAGGGUGAAUAGUUUUUUUUUUCUUCAAAAGAAAAAGAAAGGAAAGAUGAUGACGGGUGUAGUGCCAGAGCAGAAUCUUGAGAAGCAAAUAGGGAAACAAAUGGGAUGCAUGGCUGGUUUCCUUCAGAUCUUUGAUCGUCACCAGCUUCUUUCUGGCAAACGCCUUUACUCCCCUAAGCGCCUCCCUCCCGUGGAAACGCCGGCGAGUGAAAAGAAAACGGAGCAAGUGAAGACCGUUGAGACACCAGCAAUAUCGAGAGAAUUAGAGAAGCAGCCACAAGGUCGAGCAGCAGCGUCACCGGACCGUUCGAAGCAAUCUCCAGUUAUAUCGGAGCUCCGAUCUCCGGCAUCGGAACUUUUCACGCCUACUGGUAAUCAGAGCAAGUCACCUCUCCCCCUUCCCGUUUUUGAGUACAAAGAAGGUAGCGCGAGGUCGCCAUGGAAAUUCUCCAAGGAAGCUCCGAGGCUCUCUCUGGAUAGCAGAGCCGUCGUUGACGCCAAAGGAAGCCUUAAGCCCCGAGAGAUCCGUACGAAUGCCUCCAUAUUAUCUGCGAACCAAUGCGAAGAUGAGGUGGAUGAUAGCGAUAAACAACGGCGGUCACCAAGCGUAAUUGCAAGGCUCAUGGGACUGGAACCGAUACCGGAUUCGAAUCCCGAACCGAACGGAAAAGCUCAGCUCCGAAGAUCCGCGUCGGAAGCUAGAGGUCGAGAUCUGUUUCAGUAUCAUUUCAUUGACGGAGUUAAUUUCCACUUAAAACAAAGCCAACAACCAAAUUUCCAAAACGGAGGAGCUUCGAGUAAUGUCGUAAGGGAAAAUGGAGCCAAACAAGAUCGUGUAAUUAUCAACAGGCCAGACGGCUUAAGAAAUGCGAGAGCUGAACUGGUAAAAGCUCCAAUUCGAGGUUUGGACCAAAGGAAAUGCUUCUACGACUCAGCUGACUUCUUCCCCGAGAGAAAACAAGCCGUUAACGUCUACGGGGAGAUUGAGAAACGUCUUAAGCUCAGAGGAAUAGACGAGCCAUCGAAAGAUCUUGAGACACUCAAACAAAUCCUUGAAGCGUUGCAACUCAAAGGCCUUUUACACAGUAAGAAAUCUCCAAACCAAACGAAUAAUAGAAACUUCGUUUAUCAACAUGAACAAUCUCCAAUCGUCGUAAUCAAACCGGGAAGAUCACCGGCUUCCACGGCCAGAAGGAUUGCCAAAGAUUCGCCUCCUUCAAAUUAUCGAUCAAGACCUGGACCUCGCCGGAACUUGAAUAUUGACUCACCGCCGACUAUGAGCCCGAGACGUGAUCGGCCGGAGAUUGAACGGAAUAUUCGGAGCCAAAGCAGAGGUAAGGGUUCGAUUUCUCCGGGUAGGAAUGAGUGUGGCGUUAGGAGUCCCAACAGAAGGCCACUGAAUGUUGAAAUUCAUAGGAGAGGGAAUGGAAAUGGAAAUGUAGAGCAGAAAAGAGUCUCUCCGGUUCAGUCGCCCCGGCUUAAUGUGAGAAGAACCGGAUUAGAACAGACUACGAAUAGAUUACCCAGAAAUAGGAAACCAACGGCUGAGAUUUAUGAUAAAGAAGAGAAGGUAUUUAUUCCAGCGGAGGAUCAAACAUCUUCUGUUUCAGAGAGUAGCAUUAGCACUUCUUCUCAAACUGAUACGGAGAGGUCGAAGGUGGAGGACUACAAGGAUGGGGGGACCCUUUUGGAAAGAUGUGAUAAGUUGCUUCACAGCAUUGCAGAGAUGACGGCUGCUACGACCGAGUUGCAGCCGAGCCCGGUCUCCGUACUUGAUUCCUCGUUCUACAAAGAGGACUCGUCUCCGUCCCCUGUUAUGAAACGGAGCAUAGAUUUCAAAGAUCAACUUGUUGAAUCAGAAGAUGAAAUGUGGAGUCCUGCAAUGCCAUCCGUUGAAUCAAAGUCUGAUGAUUGUGAUUUUAUCUACAUUUCCGAUGUCCUCAGAGCAGCCAAUUACAUGCAUGAUGAAUCUGAUGUCUUUUUGUUGCUUGAGAAGCAACAGUAUGUGAAGGGCAAAGACACCUCUAAAGUGUCUAGGCUCCAAAGGAAGCUGAUAUUUGACACCAUCAACGAAAUUCUGAACCGAAAGAAGCAAUUACCGCCAUGGAAGGUUGUGACUGGGGAGACAUCAUUGCAACAAAUUUGGUCCGAAUUCCAAAAGAUUCGGGAAAGGGACUCCUCGGAUGACAUGUUUGAGGACAUUUGUGGUGUCUUAAGAAAGGACCUUGCUGGGGAUGCCAUUAACGGUUGGGAUGGUUGCCCCAUUCAGAUGUCGGAAGCGAUCCUGGACAUCGAACGCCUAAUAUUUAGAGACCUAAUCAGUGAAACUAUCCGAGAUCUCGCUGCAUUGGCUGAAAAAAGUAAUAACAUCCCAGCACCUCGUAGGAAGUUGGUGUUCUGAUAUUGACUUGAUGAAAAAGAGAGUGUCCUUUAUAUUAUUUUCCCGCACUUACCUUUAAAUCCCUGCUCUUUUCCUUUUCUUUUUUUUUUUUCAUUCUAAUUAUAUUUAUAUUGACCCCCCUUUUUCCUUCUAAUCUUUCAUUUUACCUGAAGUCCAGGCAUAGCUAAUGAUCGCUUUUGCAAGCUGUAAAAAAAGGGUGGGUUAAUAUUCGUGUUCACGAUGGAAAAAGUUGUUGUCAAUGUCAAGCACUAGUGAGCUAUCAAAAGCGUUGUUA